ACAAUUGUUUGUUUCCAGGCAUUCCCAAACCACUCAUCAGCACAGCAAAUGACAAAUAUGACAUCUAAGCUGUUGGGAAACACUCCUUGUAAAUCAUAAAAAAAAAAAAAAAAACGUGUUUUAGGGGAAAAAAAGAAUAGUUUUCGUCGCCUUAUUUAUUUAUUUUUACUUUGGAGGAUCCGAUUGUCUUUUUUUUUUCUUUUAACUAUAGCGCAAUGCGUUCCCAUGGUUGCAAACAUGGUGCGUCACUGACAUGCGCUGUGAAAAGCUAGGAAAGGAGAUUUUGGAAAAAAUAAGUCAGACGGGAGAGGAAGUCACCAUCCAGGAUUUAACUUCUGUAUGUUUUAAUUGAUCUAGCAGGAGAAUUUGGCACGCUUGUUUGAGCCAGACACAGUUGAUUCUCGUUUUGGGCCAAUCUGCGGUUUCCCUCGCUUCUGGUGUGGAAGAGUUCAUUAAAGAGGCUAGCAGCACCGCCAGCAGCUGUUAGACUGGCACCAUAGCUACGAACGGAAGAGGGGACAUUCAGAAGGGGGUGGGGGGCACUGGUGAGUGUCCUCGCCGUUGUUAGCAAGCACUGCAGCUAGCUAAAUGUAGCUUGGAACAACUGAAGCCUUAUGCUGGUAAAGCUGCUCCGAGGCCUGGCUCGACCCCAGACCAGGUACUGUACAGAAGUUAAAGCCAAGUUACCCUUCACAGAAAUGAGGCACUGAAACACUUCUCAGUCCCCUAAGACAUUACUUGAACCGUGUGACCGCACUUGGUGAUUAUACGGGCUCAGAUGAAGGAGACCAGCUGAUGUUUAAACUAGUAUGACUUUUGUCAAACACUCUCCUCUCUGAAGGAUGCAGCCAUGAGUUCUCACAAGGUGAAGGACCAUGCAGGUGACAGCAAGGAGGUGCCUGCUGUUGCCAGUCAGCUUUCACGAAUCGGGCCUGAUGGUAUUGCAGAAGAGCUUCAGUCAGACCAAGUCAAUGAAACUGCAAAGACUCAAAAAGCAGGAAAAUUCAGGAGGACUGCCUUGACGUUUUUUGGCGUUCGUAAAAGUAUGUGUAUUUUACCAAGUUUCUUUGGGGGGAGGAAUAAAAAUCAGAGCAAGUGGUCCUCCAAGAAAGGAAUCGGCAAAAGCAGAACGCACGAUGGGCUGAGUAAGGUCAGCGAUGACGAAGCUCUCAGGAGUGGUUACGUCUCCCCUGGAGACUUUGAUUACCACAGCCACAGGGAUGCUGCUGGAAAUCUCCACAGUGGCUGUCAUGGUGAAUGUAGUCACGCAACCCCUGACCAGAAAUCACUGACCCUUGGUCGACAGAGAAAGGGUUUGAGGAGUCUUUUUCAAAGUUUUAGGCACCACAGAAGCCAGAGAAAUAAUGAUACAAGGGAAACUAAUGUGGCGUCUCCUCAGUGCAAGAAAGAGGGACCUGUUGUCCAAUGCAACAUAAAUCGCAGUGCCACGGAGUGCCUGGAAUGUGACCCUGAUGUGCCUGUGUUUGUAGAGGAUCUUUGUGACAUUUCUGUUCUUGAAUGUAAUCGUGUAGAUGCAAAAGCACUGGAGAGCAGCAUCGAGAAAGAAACCUCGACGCUGCUCGAGUCUGAGCCUCAACUGUGUGAAUACAAACUUGAAGCUAAUUUAAAGGCAGGACCUUCUGGUGGUUAUGACAACAGUUCCAGAUGUUCCAGCGAACCUUGUCUGAAACUUCAGAUGGCGUCUGAAACACCUGCAGCCUCGUCGGAUCAGCUGAACCUGAUUUUUGGAGAGGUUUCAUCAUUAAAGAGCUUUGAUUCCCUCACAGGUUGCGGGGACAUCAUUGCAGAUCAGGAGGAUGACAGCAUCACAGAGAGCACUGUUUCUGGAGAGAGGAGCAGAAGUGGAGGGAAGAGGGCCUCUUGUUAUCUCACCUAUCAGGGUGGAGGCGAAGAGAUGGCUGAAGAUCUGGGUGGAACGUGUCUUCAAGAUUUCUGGGAAAACAACACAUCAGAGGCAGUCUGCUGUAGCUGUGAUCCGGACCAGACACAGAUGACUGCUGAGCUGACAAGUUCGCACAAUGUGGACACACUGAACAGCAGCAGCAGCACGCAGCAGGCUGGAGCUAUGGACACGUCAUCCAUGGCUGAUGUUUUAACUCCUCAAAGCGAGCAUCAGGAGUCAGGCCCUAAUAGUGACGAGGGCUAUUACGAUUCCACCACGCCAGGGCCAGACGAAGGGCAAGAAAAAAGGUCAGGUAGAUUACCCAGGGACAGUUAUAGUGGGGAUGCCCUCUAUGAGCUUUUUGCCACAGAUGAGAGUCUCAUCAGCCCUCAUUAUGAAAAAAAAUCCCAUCUUUCCAGUUUAAAACGCAGUGACUAUUUAACUGAGCCAGUCAAUGCAACAGACCCUGCCUUUGUCCCUAAAAUGAGUCACUUACAGAUUAGUGCUGAUCCGUACAAAGAUGAUUUUCUAGACAUGCCGAGCUCAUUCAGUAAAAAUCAGGAUAUCAGAGGAAGCGAAAACUGUAAUUUGAAUUCAAAAUCACAAACAUUAGUCAACAUAAACAAUCUCAAAACGGAGGUUUGUGAUGGAAAAGGGAAUAGGCUAGCUUCUGCUGACAAAGGAACAAAACCCAGAAACCCAGACUGUGAGAAAAGAUGCAGUGGUUUAUCGUUUGGAAGCACGUCGGACCCGGACCUUGAGACCUUUUGUGAACCGAAAGAGGAGCAUCUUGAAGAAAAUAAGCCCAAGGCGCUGCCGUACAAAAAUAUCAAUUCUCAAUCUGAAGAAUGUAACAGCUACAUGGAGGAUGGGCAGACUGUGUGUUUCUCACAAGCACUUGUGGAUUACACAAAACACACCCAAUUGCUCUGCAAGCUGGGUAGUGAAGAAGACGACUUGGAAACGAGCUCCGCUUUCACUCCCAACAUGGAGGCCUUACCAACUAUAGUCACGUUUGAUGUUGUAGACCUGCACAAUGAGGGGGAAUACGACGAGCAGAUCCAAAUGGAGCUGGAGAAAGUCGCUUCAUCACCUUAUCAGGAGCUUGAAGAAAGCUAUCUACAAAAAGAUGCAUACGCUGAAUGUGACUAUCAAAUGUUUGACCUGUGUGAACAGAAUCUGAUCAGUAACACGUGGGCUGUUGCUAGUCUCCCGCGGCACUUGAGCCUCACAAGGGUUAGCCUCACAAGGGUUAGCCAGUCCAUGUCGAAUCCACUGUCCCUGGACAGGAGGAGCAGGUCUCUGGAUACAGAUAGUCUUGAGUUGAAGAUGCCUGAAACGUACAGAGAAAACAGACCUGCUGUGGCUUCAGAGCAGGUCUCUGAGAGAAACUGUUCACCAUAUUAUAGAAAGAAUGUAGUCAGAGACUGUAACAAUGUUAUACCCUUAUCAUGGCAGACAAGGUCUGAAGUGACUGACGACACUGGAAUCAUCCAGAGUCUCAGUCAAGCCCAAGUUAAACACAAAAAGCCACAGUACGUUUGCUCUAAUGUAUCGGAUGGCCUAAAGUGUGAUUUAGUUUUACAGCAAACAGAACUCUACAGUAGGCAGUGUCACCUUCCUUUGCGGUCAGAUUCCUGUCUUCCUCAUAGCACCCUUGGAAUGAGGGAGGAGGAGUCUGAUGAUGUUUUCUGCAAGAGUCCUGCUUAUUUACAUUCCCACAGUCAGGGCACUAAAGGCAGACCCCUUGCAGGUAGGGAGAUUACGUCUUAUGCUAGAAGUCCCCUGAAGUCCCCCUCAUUUAAGGAUGAAACUGUUGUCCUUAGAGAAGCGAGAGCAGUGGGGGAUGGGGCGAUGCCUGUGACCUGCAACAAUCACCCUGAGGCCACCUGUAAUUGAGUGUGAAUCACAUGGAUGUGUCCCAUAGAGUGCUUUUAUAGGGUGCUGGUCAUUUCACUCCUUCGCCAUGUUGUACCUUUGUAGUUUUGGAUGUCUUGGACUUGUUCAGAUAUAAAAUGGAGCUGUCUGCCAUGGGACGUUUUGAACCAACAAUGCGUCAGUUCAUACCCGUCAGGGGGCGCUUCGUAGCUACCAUCACACAGCAGGAGGUCAUUCAGAGUUACUUUAGUUUCAUCAGGAAUCUACUCUAUCAACAGGAAGGGCCCUAUUCAGUCAGUUGGGUUUUUUUAUUUGAUUUUUUCUACUUUUAUUUUUUUGAAUUCCAUAUUUUACAAUUAAAAUUGUUUUAAAGACCUUAAAAGGACCAACAGUGUAAUACAUAGGCAAAUCAUUACAUUACAUUCAACAAAAUGAGUUUAUAAGCUAUUUCAACAGUUUUUUUUACAAAUAUUUCCUGUAAAAGUAGUACUUGUGUUUAUUAAGGAAGUACAGAAACACCUCUUUUUAUAAAACUAAAUACUCCUCAGUUGUGAACUUAAAUUACAUGCUAUAUCUCAUAACUAUUACAGGGUAAUGGUAGUAUGGGACUGUGUUCCACUAAGCUCACCUAUUAGUGAUGAUGUUCAGAAGGCUGUUCCUUUUUAAUAGAUUUUUUUGACUCACAGACAUCUCCGUCCCUAAAUGGGGUUAAGUGAAUUUUACAGAACUACCAAUAUGUUCUAACCACUCUUUACCUUAAACACAUAGCGUUCAGGGUUCAUCAGGUGCUUGAGAUCCUUGAAAAUGCUUUAAUUUUAACAUGGUGUUUUCAAGGUUAGGAAAGUGCUUGAUAUUCUAACUGCACAGUUCUGUAUUAAAGAGCACUGUAACAGUUUGAUUAAAUCCCUCAAUUUAAUAAUUGUAUGUUAAAGGCACAAAAUAGAGCUAUCAUUUUGCUCUUUAUGAAGUCUCAGAAAGCCUCGCUGCCGUUCAGAACGAGUUUGCUCCUUUUCGUAAAGACCAGCAACUGGACCGGCAGCGUCCUCUGGCCUAGCUACAAAGCCUCCCUACAUUGAGCACGUAACUGUCUUGCUGGUCGCGUACGUCUCCGGUGACUGGGAGAAAACAGCAUGCUGGGCAGUAACGGUUUUUAAUGACCGCUGGCUCCAAAACGCUAGAUACAAAACAUAGUUGAAAUGAGGACCAAAUCUUCAAGUAGCUUCUUCCAACAUAUGCAAGAAGCCCCUGAAGCUUUUUGCGAUGGUAGAGUCGGCGCUCUCAGCGGUAAGCCAUAGUAGUGGGACGGAAAUGUAAACAUUUGCAGGUCAAUUGCAAAUUGAUUGUUUAAAGGAUGGCUUAAACUAGGGUUUUAUGUAAUCUACUUUACUUUAAAAUGUGCAAUAGCAAAACAUUGUGGUUAGCUAAUGGUUUAAUUUCGCAAAAAGUACCUGUGGCUUGCCAAUGUUCCGUCAUGCCUGCUGUGCCUCUGAUGGCCUCCUUCCGCCUAUAGGUCCAUUUCAUAUUAAUACUAUAACUUGCAGAAUUUUAAUCAGUUGCACAGUUUUUCAGAUUGUUGAUAGGCUCCCUUCACAUAGGGAACGCCUUGUGUGCCGUGGUUAUAAAGUUCAAUGAAAAAAAGGACACAGGGGUUAAGACUGUUUCAAGGUUCGGUGCUGGAAAAUUUUAAAAAUUUACCUUGAAAAAGUGCUCGAAUUUUACCGUGUGAAAAUGUACGAACCCUGAGCGUUAUCACCUAUUUGUCCUUUUUAGGCAGUCUGCUCAAAUGGCUUUAAACAGUUUUCUGUAAAACAUGCUUCCUAUUUCCGCUGAUGAUCUUUGCAUAGUAAAGCAGGGAUGUGAUUCGCUGAUAAUUUGGUUUGUAGCAUGUUUUACUGCCCAAAAUGGGGAUCGAAACCAAAGUUCAUAGAAAUAAGGUGUGGUAAUUAGGACGUUUUCCAAAAUAGGAAAUGAGGGGCGAUAGGACAUUAGAACAAAAUGGAAACUCAUUGAUAUGGCCUGGCAAAGGGUCAAACUGACUCAGAGCAGCUUUUGUUUAUCCAAAGGAGUAUUUGUUGCUCAUUUUUAUUUGUACAACGGAUUGUUUUGAUAGGUUUGACUCACUGUGAUGGACAGAAGGUGAAAUAGAAUUUAAAGCAAUUCAGACCCAUGCAAGAAUGAUUACAUGCUGCAUCAAAUACAAAGCUUGGAGGUCAAAUGUAUUUAUUUUUAUUCUUUUAGGUAUUUGCACUGCAACUUAUAUGUUUGCACAUGGCUUUCAUAGAUCUUUGCUGAAAGGGUUUGAGGAGGUUGUUGUUUAAUUUGCAGUGAAAAUGCCAACACUGCCAUCUCCUUAAGCUACUGAAUUUAAGUGGAAUGUUGCACACAUUCAGGUCUCAGCUCAACUACCACACUGUUCCAUAUUUUCAGCGUUCAUCAGCCUGGGUUUUAUUGUGCAGUCUUUCAGCAGCUGGCGGCUUCCUUUUUCCACUGUUGCCUUUCAGUAAUGAAUGCUUUUUGUGCUUGUUGUGAUCACUCUAUAGUUUUAUCUUCGGAUCAGGUUGGUUUUUAGGAAAAAAAAAACAGCAACAACAUAUCGGUUCAAAAAGAGAAGCAUCUUAAACCUUGAUAGACACGAGUUGUCAGAUUUAGGAUGAAUCGACUUGACCUAAAGAUUGCCUGUUGGCUAAUGUAUCUCCUUAACAUAAGCAAGUAUAGGGAAUGUACAGAUGGACUGAUGGUGCUAGCAUAUGAUGGCGAUGGUGUUUUAGCUUCAGCUGUCACACUUCAUUCACGUACAGUAAGCUUUGCAAGGCAAAUCAAUUGUAUUUGUUUACCUCGUUUCACAUACAAAUAGAGAAAAAAGCUAAAUAUUGUUUUACAUAAAAUACUGAAGAACCAACCCAGAAGCAGUUAAAAAGAAUGAAGUACACAAUACGUCUACUGUGCUUGCUAUAUGAAAAGGAGGGCAUAAACCACAGUUUUUGCUUUAUUUUUAUUCCUGUUUUCUUUAUUUUAAUAACUUCAUAAUGCUGACUAAUGUGAUGCACUCAAUUACUUAAAGUGUGCUGAACAAACAAGUAGUGGGUGUUGCUUGGAUCUGAAGUCACAUUUCUAAACAAAGUUGUUACCCUGUAUCAUUUUCUGAUGAAACAAUGUUUUUAACAGCAUCAUAUGAAACGAGUUGUAAACUCUUUUUAGAGUGUAAUGUGUACACAAUGGUUGUUACAAAUUGUCAAUACUGUAUUUUGGAUUUCUGCUUCAAUUUAUUUUUUUCAUUGAGUUGCUUUCUCUCUGGAAAUCUGUUACAGUUUUGUCCGAAUAGAAUACUGCCUUAUGCAAGAAUAAACACGACAACACGUUUCAGCCUUA